UAUGGUGUGUGUGCAUUUAUAUUUCAUGUAAUAUUUGUGUAUUUUAUUUAUUUCUAUUCUAGUUUCGAUUAAAAUCAAUUAGGUAUCGAAAUAACCCAUUUGUAAUAUAGGGCUUAUAAUGCUUAAUCUUGUAGCUCCAGUGUAUCAAGUAAUAUCAUGAUUGUUUAUUUUCGUGAUGGUUUUAUUGUUUUACUUCAUAAAAUGAUUAAUCUGAUACUGAACUGCUAAGUUUAAAGUAUUUUUUUAAAGUAGUGCGAUAAGUGAAAGAUUCCUAACCUUGUAAUUUCAAGAAAGCCUUGAGACACCAUGAAUGCGGAUGAAGACGUACCUACCAAGAAAAAAGUCGAUAAACCACCCACUGAGAAUUUGACUGUAACUGUGGAUAAAAUAGAUGCCAAGAGGACAGAAAAAGGUGAUGAAGAGCCUAAACCUCGAAUAGUUUUAACAUUUCGAUCUGAGAAGACUAAUGCCAAGAACAGCAACAUGAAAAUAGUAACACCCGAGGAGAAGCAAGAGGAAGCACCGCGGCGAUCCAGUCGUACUCGUGGUAAGUGGGAGUGGAUCUGUGACAGCGACACGUCGCCCAAGAAGGACAAGUCAGGUGCCCAGACCACCUCAGAGAAUGAUGAGUCAGACAGUUCACACACCACUCCCAAACGGUCGACGCGCCGCCGAAGCAAGGACUCUGACAAUGUGUUAGCGAAUGCUAUCGCCAGGAAAGAGAAAUCUUAUGAACAGGCUGUCCCACAGCGAUUCUCCCGUAGAAUAAAACCCACUGCAAAAUUUUUAGCUAAUGAUGAGUUACGGAUUGGACUAGAGUCACAGAAUAAUGCAAGACUUGGAAUCCAGAGUGAAAAGUCGCCUGAAGAGGGAGUAAGGACUAGGCGGACAGCUCGUCCUUUAGCCACAGAAGUAGAGAAGAAGAAGGAACCGGAAGUAGAGGAGGAGAUAGUAGAUAUUCUUGGAACUGAUGACGAUAGCCAGAGUCAGAAUACUGUGAUGAAAUUAAAACACUUGUGUGAACUGGGCCUGAAAGCUAUCAAUCCUGAAGAUGUGGAUGAUGAGAAUAGGGAAGAAGAAGAAGGUGAAGCUGAAGAAAUUGAUGAAGAUGAUGAAAUGGAUGAUGAUCCAGUGGUGAUCAGCAAAUUGUUGGAGACUGAUGAAGAUUCCAGUGAAGACUUCCAGUGUACAGUGGCCACCUCCACUGCUAAAAACCGACCCAGGAGGUCAACUAGGCUGUGCUCAUCCUUUGGCAUGAAUGACAGCGACCGGUCGUCACCACCUGUUGGUGAUGAUGAUAAUAAGUCCCCACGCCGGGCCAAAAGAUUAUCCAGGCACAAUAAUGUUGAGGAAAGUGAGAGGACUCAUCGCAAACGCAGAAGGCGCAGGUCGUCUAUCGGCAAUGAAGCUCAGUCAGAUGUCGAAAUGGAAGAGACAAGUGCGCCGGCGGGCGGUGACGAGGGCUCGGAGGCGGCGUGUCCCGCUGACGAGUCUACAGUUGUUGCCACGUGCUUCUGUGAAGCUUCCAGCAACGUGUACGCUGCACCGAAAGAGCUUACGGAGCCAGUAUUCUGCCAAGCCAUCGAGCUGGUGGACGGGUUCCGCGUGGGCUGCUCGCACCCCGCCCGCCACAGCCGGCGCGCGCCGCCCCCCGCGCCGCUGGCGCCGCUGCUGCGCGCGGGGCCGCGCGCGCCCUACUUCCUGGCCUGCGCGCUGCACGCCGCGCAGCUCGCCAAGCACAUGUGCUGCCCCGCCUGCGGACUCUUCUGUACGCAGGGUACAUUUUACCAAUGUUCAUUGGGACACUUGUUCCACCUGGAGUGCGGGCUGCCGUACAACGACGCUAAGCUGCGGCCCGGCUGUCCGCACUGCGGCGUCUACUCGUACCGCUGGCUGCCCGCCAACACCGACUGUGUCAAGGUCAAAGUCGAGAUGAAGUGCAGCAACAAGAGGAUCUUCCUCCCCGACCAGAGAGAGCACUGCACGCCAGCGUACCUCAGCUUUUCAUCCCGCGACGUCAAGCCGGAGUCGGGCCCGAUAAUCCCAGAGGAGCUGCUGCCGUCGCCGCCGAUAGACCUGAAGCAGCUGUGCCAGAAGACGCAGCACGCGCCCAGCAAGUCGGCGCAGCAGCUGUGUGACGCUAUACUCAGGGGCGAAACCGUGGAACAACUCAUACCGAAAAUAGUGUCGGCGGCGAGCCUGAACAAGCCGCUGGCGAGCCAGGCGGGCGGCACGUGCGCGCACGCGGCGGCGCGCGGCGGCCGGGCGGGCGCGCUGUGCCUGCUGCACUACGCGGGCGCGCAGCUCGAGCGCGUCGACCACAACAUGCGCACGCCGCUCGCCGUCGCCGUGCUGGCACUACUCGACAAACCCGAAAAGAAAAACAAAGAAAAGUCAACUGAAGCAAGCAACGACGAAACAGAAGGAGAAGACAAAGAGAUAGAGAAGCCAGAAGAGGAGGUCAGCUCUGAUAAGGAGGAUGAUGACGUCAGCAAAGCUAAGGACGAAGACCUGAUUAAGGUGAUCCGGUAUCUCGUAGCAGCCGGCUGUGAUGUUAACUUCCCGGGCCCGGACGGCAUGACGGCCCUCCACAUAGCGGCGCAGCACGGCAGUGUCCGCGUGGUGUCGCUGCUGCUGCCGCACGCGCAGGUGGACGCGCGCGACCACGGCGGCUGGACGCCGCUCGUGUGGGCCGCCGAGAACGACCACGCCGAGGUCGUCAGAGUGUUACUAUCGCACGGUGCAGACCCCCUGUCGUGCGACAACGAGGGCAACGGCGCCGUGCACUGGUGCGCGCUGGGCGGCGCGGCGCGGGCGCUGCGCGAGCUGCUGGCCGCGCGCCCGCACGCCGCCGCCGCCACCAACACGCACGCAGACACGCCGCUACAUGUUGCCGCACGACAGGGCCACUACGCGUGUGUCGUCAUCCUGCUCGCCCGCGGCGCCAGGACGGACGUAGAGAACUCUGCGGGCGAGCUGCCGGUGGAGGUGUGCUCGGGCCAGUGCCAGAGCGCCAUCUCACUCAACAUGCAGAUGGGCAUCGCCAUGCGAGAGAAUGGCCCGAGAUACAGGCUGCUGUCCAGCGACAUAUCUCGCGGCCGCGAGCCGUUCCCCGUCCCGUGCGAGAACGACGUGGACGACGCGCCGCUGCCGGACGACUUCACGUACGUCACGCGACACGUCACGCCGCAACAGAUCAGCGUCGACUGCACCAUCGAUACCAUGCAGGGCUGCGACUGUAAGGACGGCGACUGCACGUCGGGCUCGUGCGCCUGCACUGCGCUGGGCGUGCGCUGCUGGUACUCGCGCGGCCGCCUGCUGCCCAGCUUCCCCUACCACGACCCGCCCAUGCUGUUCGAGUGCAACCAGACCUGCGGCUGCAACCUGCGCACGUGCGGCAACAGUGUGAUAUCGCGCGGCAGUGCGGGCGGGUCGCUGCUGGCGCGUGCGGCGCGGCGCGCCCGUGGCGCUCUACUGCGGGGAGCUGCUGCCGCUGCCGCGCGCCGACACCCGCGCCAAGGACCACUACAUGUUCGCGCUCGACGUCAAGCCCGACCUUCUCGAGCAAUGCUCCGACAAGACCGUGCUAUGCGUGGACGCGGCGCAGUACGGCAGCGCGGCGCGGUUCAUCAACCACAGCUGCCGGCCCAACCUGGCGCCCGUGCGCGUGUUCACGGCCACGCGCGACCUGCGCCUGCCCACCGUCGCGCUCUUCGCCACCACCGAUAUCAUGCCUGACGAAGAGUUCACUUUUGACUAUGGGGACAAAUUCUGGUCUGUGAAAUCAAAAUGGAUGAAGUGUGAAUGUGGAAGCGUUGAUUGUCGAUACCCAACUCAAUC